GAGACCGCUACGGAAUAUUCAGAUGAAGCCAGUAUCAUAAGUUCAAAGAAGCGAGGGUUCAUCUGGGAGCUGGCAAAUGAAAUGUCCAAAACUAUUAGCUCACUGAAUGCGGACGAAAAGACUCAGGCAAGAGUCUCCAAUAUUCUACCUGAGCUGCUCGGGGAAUUUGCGCUGAAAAUUGGUAAUUCCGCUGAAACGCAAAUGCAUCGAAAUACUAUGGCUUUGGUUUAUAGGUAUAGACGUGAGAUCACGACGGUGUUUGCAGACAUAAGUUUCAACGAAAAUGUCGGCGAUUCCAACCAAAAGAACCGCAGGGCAGAUGGAAUGAGCUGGCAAGAUCGUACAAGUCUCUGGCUCGAAAAGGAUUCAUCCCAGGAGUCGCCGGAAGAGCUUCCACAAUCAGCGGCAGGAGAUGGUGAAUCUCCAGAGGAGAAGUUACCAGGUGGGGAUGAAGAAGUGCCGGGAACCUGGCCGAUUGACUACCUGAAGUUUCUCACAAGCAGCGGCGCGUACCAAGAGCUUAUCGCUCAGUUGCGGAGAGAAUUUCAUUUAGUUCCAGCUGAACUGGACAUUAUGAGAGAGAUACGAGAAAAGAUUAUGUCUUCGCUCCCAUCACCUCGUAAAAUCAGCAGGAAAUUAUCACUACGAAGCUGUCAGGCCGUAUUUCAACUCGAUUGGGAUAUUAUCGAAUUUUUCAAUACUCAGGGAUAUCCGAAAGAGCCGCACGAUGUGUUUGAGAGUGUUAUUACUAUUACUGGGUCUUUUAAGGAUGCUCAAGCCGCAACUUGUGCUCAGUACAUAGAACAAACGUGGCCCAUUACAGGGAAAAUAGUCAUUCAACUCAUCAAAGACAUCCUCAUGGAUGUGGGCUAUGUAUUUUCAAAUGGAACAACCAUUACGGCAAGGAUUCAAAGAUCUCAAUUUGUCUUUGAAGUCUACGGAGUAUCAGUUUCCGUAGCAGAGAUAGGGGAGCUGAUAUGUUGGCUUGGAGCUGCUCUGAGAACCUCUCCCCGGCACAACGGAUUAAUAUAUUGUGCGCCAAACGUGCGUAAUAUUAAGCCGGCUACUUCGCUAGUAUUCCCUUGUGCUCGCUAUGAGAUCGAUUUUGCGAUGGAAAGUGUCCCGCAAUCCCUCCCAGCAGCAAACGGUCAGUGCUGGCACGACAUUUUCAGAAAUCCGGUUGUUGUGAGAGGUUACCCCAUUGCUCAAAGGAUCGAGUGGAAUACCGGCCUUGAAAUUUCACUUAAUAUCAUGGCAGGACUGGCUCAGACUCAGAGACUUGAUCAGUUCAAAGAAAAAACAUACAUCAAAGGCUUUUCAACCCUGCUGUUUCCAACCAAGAAGAGUGGGGACAUUAUCUGCUGGCAUCUUUUAUACAAUAAGCACGGAGAUCGUAUAUCUUACCUUGAUGAUGACAAGGAUCAACAAGGAUGCAUUGGACAGAUGGAUCUGGAAAACUAUCGACAUGUUUUGGGGUGGUGCUCGGAAGCAAAGUUAUAUGCUGGUUCUGCAGAAGCACAUCACCCUGUAACUCACUCGAGGCUUCCCAAGCCCCAUGCAGGUUGUUCUCUCGCUGGAGUGAGUGUUUCAGAAGGAAAGAUGAUUCUGAAUGGCACAGCAUUUGAAAUCGGGGCCAAAGACACACCAAUCUACAUCUCUCGCAAAGGUAACAUCCGAAGGCUAAAAUGGAUAUCCACCAAGUUCGUUCUCUUAUGGGAUGAACGCGAUAAACGGGGCUGGCUAAUUAAUGGUGCGACUGCUCUUCUGCACAUUGUACGAGCUUUUCUGUCCCACGCAAAACAAGAUCACUUUAAAGAUGCAUUUCGAUUCAAAGAUGAGGAUCUUCAAGAGGCAGAAGCCCCCUUUACCGCUGACUCCGCCAUUGCUGUGCUUUCCAACUCUCAUAAUAGGCAUCUCAAGCUUUAUGAGGAAGAGGAUGGCGACGCCGAGUAUCUUUUUAAAACCCAGAUUGAUCAUGUUUACAAUCUCUUAGAAAAGCUUAUUGAUCAUCAGGCCGAUACUUCAGGUAAUCAUGGCUCCAAGUUGAGUAAUAACCCGCGAAGCUACCUUGAAGGGUGGGAUUUUGAAGACGUGGCGAAAGAAUGUCCAACUAUAUAUCCACGAGUGGCCACUAUAGCGGAUGCUGGCAAAGGCUGGAUGGAUUUUAUAAGAGCUAUCCAUGCUGUUACACUAGUCGGUCGAGGUUUUGGUGAUAUCAUCAAGCCCUCGAGUCCAGACCACUGCGAUUCUUGGGCUACGCUACCAACGAAGCGAUAUUAUAUCGCUAGCUGUGUUUCUGAUUUGGACCGUCUUCAGAAAGAGGCCGGUAGUCACCACGAUGGUCAUGCCCUACUCUGCGAUAACUUGAUAUAUCAUGCUCCGGCCAAUGUUGAUAUAUCCUGCCAAUGCAAAGUUACUCCAGGGCGGAGGUGUUGUGAGCCUGUUCAAAUGCUGAUUCCGUCGGCAAUGUCAACAGAUGUACCUCUUGGAAAAUACUUCACCGAGCCUAAAGGGGCGGUCAUUCUAGGAUACAAUUCCCAUUUCCCGUUGAUCUGGGGAGACACCGGUCUUCCCCAACAAGGGGAACUCAUAGAAACGGAGCCUUCGUCAAAGCCAGUCGAGGAGGAUGUGGAUUCUGGAUUCGGGUCAAUUCUAACGGAGUCAGAACUGGGAAGCCACUCUGCCUCUCAGUCAGUGUCCGAAACAGAAGAUUCAACCGUGUCUAUUGAGAUUCGUCCCGAAGCGGUACAGAAAGCGGCGCCAUCUAUCUUGUCGCCGAUUGGCAAUAAUAAAUAUACCCGGAGCCAUUAUACAGUAGGGAUCAUUUGUCCCUUGGCAAAAGAGCUGAAGGCAGUCCGAGCCCUCUUUGAGAAUGAACAUGGCAGUCUGAAUUCGAGAUCAGAAGAUAGUUAUCCAUACAUUCUCGGAGACAUGGCAGGACACUGGGUCGUCGCAGCGUGUCUUCCAGAGUAUGGAACCAACCCAGCCGCGACGGUAGCAUCAAAUAUGAAAUUCAGCUUCCCUUCUAUUCGGUUCUGUUUCUUAGUUGGUAUCGCUGGUGGUGCGCCUUCACAGGAGAAAGAUGUUCGACUUGGUGAUGUGGUUGUCAGCUACCCUAUUGGUACCAGCCCCGGUGUGAUUCAAUAUGAUCUUGGGAAAGAACAGGAUGGUAAUCAUUUCCAACGGAUGGGUUCGUUGCAGCGGCCGCCGCUCGUGCUAAUGGCAGCUAUCAACACCCUGCAAUCAGAUCUAGAGCCGCCUGAUGGCCAGCUGGAUGAAAGUCUUCAAGCGAUUACGCGUCGCCUGCCAGACUACAAGUACCCGGGCCAAGACCUCGAUAUGCCAUAUCAGACAGCCUGCGCCUUAUGCGCCUCGCAUCAGGCGUCUCUCGUAUCUUGUUCUCACGUACAGCAGCGCGUUCCUCGCACAACAAUCUUGCCCACCAUCCACUAUGGAGCUAUAGCUUCAGGGAACCGUGUGAUCAAAGACGCAACACUCCGCGACCAGCUGGCACAAGAACACGGCAUACUCUGUUUCGAGAUGGAGGCUGCCGGAAUGAUGAAUACGUUGGACUGCCUGGUCAUUCGCGGCAUCUCCGACUAUUGCGACGGCCAGAAGAAUGACACUUGGCAAAACUAUGCGGCUGCGACAGCUGCAGCAUAUGCGAAGCUUUUACUGAGACUUGUUCCC